AUGCAACAACACGCUGGCCAGCCUCCCAUUCACGCCAUAUCGACGCGGCGGGCAUUGCCCGACAGGAACGUGACGGCCGCCUCGAUCGACGAUGCUUAUGUGGCCUUCAUUCUCUACUGCAACCCAGGCGUGCCCCUCGAUACAGAUACGGCCGCCUUGCGCGAGGCAUUCCGCACCCCGCCCAAGAGUGGCGGCAAGGUCUUUAGUACCUUCACCCUGUUCGAGCUGAUCAAGAGACUCGAAACCAAGGAACUCAAGACAUGGGCCGAACUGGCUCUGAGACUCGGCGUCGAGCCGCCGGACCAGGGGAAGGGCCAGAGCACGCAAAAAAUCCAGCAAUAUGCCGUCCGCCUCAAGCGCUGGAUGCACUCCAUGCAUGUGGAUGCCUUCUUUGAGUAUCUCAUCGGCCGCCCGUCUCCCUACUGGACCGAGAUACCGUCUGAGCACAUCUCGGUCUUGGAGCUGGAGCGGGACGGUGUCGCGGCAGAGGAUGAUAUGGCAUUGCGAGCUCUGCUGCCCCAGAUCAAACCCCGCAGGGGCAGGAGGAAACCCGACGAGGACGAGUCCGGCAGAUCUCCUCCCCAGCGACCAUCGCCCCAGCCAGAUGGUUUCCUGGGUGAAGGACAAGCCAACACGGCGGAACCAUGGACGGCCCAGCCGGACGGGAGGGGCAGCGUCUUCUUAUUCCCUCCUGUGCCCGAUACUUCGAGGCUCAACCCGUCUGCGCCUGCGGCUACUUGGGGCAACGACAUUGUCCAGACGCCCAUGACCGCCUACCCAAUCCCGCAAUCUGCCAUCACGCCCUCGACCAGGAACGCUUUCUGGGCAGACGAGCCCAAGUCAGCCAUCACCCCGUCGAAAUCCAGGGCAUCGGGCCGGCGUCACGGGGCCAAGGUUGUGUCGUCUGCAUGGCGAAGCGGAGGAAUUGGCGCCAGCGGCAAGGCACGGGGCAGGCCACCUAUCAACCGCGGAGCCAACAACAACGAGGGUCCAUACUCGGCCUUCCCUACCUCGGAAACGACGAGUUUCCGGUUUCCGUCACCGACCCCCGACAGCUCCGCCGCGGUUUCUGCAAGCAAUGGCGCCCUGACCGCGCCGGGCUCGACAGCUCCUCUAGUUCCCCCGACCUCGGCCCAGCCCCAGCCCCAGCCUCAGCCAGCGCAGAAUCCAGCUCGCCCUCCACCAACGCAAGACUCCGCGCCGGCGCGGCCAGCGAAGAAAAGGAUGCUGUCACUGCAAGUACCCGAACGAAAAGGCGGCGAAGUCCGGCUAGCCUCACCUCCGCCUCCAAACUCGGCACCGCCGCCACCAGUUACAAUAACGAUUGACGGGCAGCCAACCGAAUAUUGUACCCACCCCGCAACCCAACGGCUUGACGCCAGCCAUUCCCGCAAACCCAUAUUCCCCGAAACCCAAACAGCCCCAGGAGGGACCUAUGAACGCAAUCACGAUUCCCUGUCCACGAGCACCACCACCACCAGCACCAUUACCGCCUCAUCCGGUAGGGAACAACAAAAACAACAACAAUCGACACCACCACCCGCUCCCCCAUUCUCCCGCGACCCAACCGACCGGACCAACAAGGACGACGCCGAAGUCCUCUUCAUGACCAACAUCCUCCAGGCGGACUGGUUCGAUUCCCAAGGCAACCCCAUCCCGCCCUGCGGCGUCGACGAGGCAUGGGCUCUCACGCAGCGCGUCAUCGAGAACCUCCUGGCGACGGCGGCCACCAAGGAGGCAUUCCUGAUCAACCUGGCGGCGCUGGCGGGCGGGAAGGUGCUGAUGAACAAGGGCAGUUUGCGCAUCACGAGGCUUGACGAGGUGGAAAACGGCGGGGGGGAUCGGACGAGGUAUGCGUGUGCGUGGCAAUUGAGGUUUGGGGAUAUUGUAGGAGAUUGGUCUAUGGAGGAAACUGUGAUGCAUUGUAAAUGGAGGAGGGAGAAGAAGAGGAAGCAGAUUGCGGAGAGGGAGGAGGGGGAGGAGGGGGAGGAGGAGGGGGUGGUGGCUGACGAGGUAGAUCGGAUGAUGGAUGGGGACGGCGGCGGUGGAGGAACGGGCGGCGCGGGUCUUUGGGAGCAGAAGUAUAAGGAGGUGGCGGGAGCGCUUCAGGAGCGGGAUAAGGAGAUUGCGCUGCUCAAGGCGAGGAUUCUUGAGGCGGUUAGAGGGAAAUGA